UCUCCCAAAAAUUUGUGAGGUUAUGUUUGUCCAACCUACAAUAACAUCUCAAUUUUCCAAAAAGAACUCAUAAAUACCAUAAAUUCUCUUAAGAUAAGUAAAUCAAACUAAUUUUUAAAAAAAAUUACUCAAAUACAAAAAUGACGAGUGAUUCAGUAAAAGAUAACCUAGCUUCUGCAAUAAACAUCAUUCCAAACCGAGAAUAUCUUCUCCAAGGUUCCGUGGUGGAUCAAUACGUUGAAGUGUUACUUCAUCGUUUACGUGGAUUGUGCGACAAUGUCGAUGAUGGUGCUGAAACUUUCUACGAUCACGAAAUGUGCUUCACGUUGGGUAUGAAUACUCCUGGAACAUCCGCUCUUCCAUUAAGAGUUAGAAGAGCCUUAGACUAUCAAGACGCUCCCUAUCAACUAAGAUACAUUGGCCAACAAGAAUUAGAUAAAAACCGACCUACUAUAGUGAGAUCGAGCAUUGAUGUAGCUUGUAAUUCAGCUAUCGUGGAAUUUUUGCAAGAACUUGGUUGCCGAUUGGAUUUUGAGUACACCGCUCGCGGGUAUAUGUUUCGAAAGGGUCGAAUGAAGAUUACCGUUUCAAAAAUUUGUAAAUGUGGGGCUGGAAAUAAACCGGAAAAUUUAGAAUUGAUUUCGCAGAGUUAUUUGGUUGAGUUAUCCGUUUUAGCUCCACAAGGUUAUGAUGCGAUAGCUGAAGAUAUGAGGUUGUUUGCUGAACAAUUAAAACCUCUUGUUCACUUGGAAAAGAUUGAUUAUAAACGAUUAUGAUAUGAAAAUUAUUAAAUAAGGUUAAAUCGAUUUGCAUGAUUUUUAGGUUAGGUAAGCACUUUAUUUGUAUUUUAAGUAUUUUUUAUUUAAAUAAAAAUAAUUAUUUUA